UUAUUAAUAUUUCAAUACCGAGUUAGUAAUUAUUACUUCGCCAAACAAAUCAAUAUUCAUCUCAUAAUAGGAUAUCGCAAAUGUCUGGCACACGUGCGGGUAGAAAAAUACUUAGGCUGGUUUAAUAUCUAUUGUAAGAAUACGAGUCUGCAUGGUUUUCGUUAUAUAAGCAUGGAUGGAUCGUCGAUAAUCGAGAGUGUUCUCUGGUUCAUGGUUUGUAUAUUGUCCAUCGUGUUCUGCGUUAUAUUGAUGUUACGCUUGUGGGCCAAUUACUCGAACAAUCCCAUAGUUACGACUAUUUACACGUCAAAUCCGAUAUGGGACGUGUCUUUUCCAGCCGUCACCAUAUGUAAUAACAAUAAGGUCUAUCGUCCACAUGCCGAUCUUAUGGCUAAGAAUUUAUACAUGGAUGGGUUCACCACGAACGACAGCGAUAAAUUUUUUUCAUCCCUAGUGAAAUUGAUACGACCCGACAAAAUUUCGAUAGACAAUGUGACUGCGAGGCAAUUUCUCGAUAGACUCGACAUGACGGUCGAAACGCUCAUGGAGCAGUUGAUGCAGCCUUGCAGCGCAUUACUGUUAAGAUGCGUUUGGCUCGGCAAGGUUUAUGAUUGCAGCAAGAUCUUCAAGACUAUCAAAUCCAAGGAGGGUUUCUGUUGCGCUUUCAAUUAUCACUACAAUCCUAACGUUGGAUACAUAUCCAAUGAUUUUAAUACCAACGAUUUCAACAACACUUCUGAUGAUUUGCCGGGUGUGCACACAAUUUUGAAGGCGCCCGGAAACGGCCAGGAUGUGGGACUCGCGGUGGCCUUAAACAUCGAGCCUGAAAUGUAUAAAGCUACUUCGCGUCCUUACGUAGGAGCUUCCAUUAUAAUACACGAUGCAAUUGAUUUUCCCGACAUUGAUGCACACAUGGUAGCCGUGCCGAUUGGUCACGUCCUGGGGAUAUCCAUUACCGGGACGUCUAUCAGAGGUAUGGAAAGUUUGAAGGCCAUAUCUCAGAAGAAACGUAUAUGUUAUUUCCACAACGAGGUACCAGGCAAGAUUCGCUACAGCUAUCAAUCGUGCGUAUCAGAGUGCAUAGCCAAGCACAUAUAUCAUAUGUGCGGCUGCCUGCCAUUUUACUAUCCGGAGACACAAUCGAAACUAAAUUAUGGGGAUCAUUGCAACAAAAAUUGUCUGCCUGAGUGCUCAGAUGUGUUCUACACUAUCAAUCCAGAAAAUAUUAAAAUGCAGGACGUGGGAUAUGAUUCUGAUCUAAUUUUCGUAUACAUAUUUUUCGGCGACGCCUCAUAUGUUGAAUAUCGCAAGGAAAGUACUAUCAACUGGGAUUCACUCAUCGCAUCCUUCGGUGGUAUCUUCGGUCUCUGUCUCGGUGGUUCCGUGUUGAGCGUUAUCGAAUUUGCUUAUCUCUUGGCCAGGCAGCUCUUUAGAAGACAGACUCGCAAAUGGCAGGAACAAACACGUACGAAAUUGCCGCCGGCGUCAGAAGUGUUUCUAUCGAUUCCCGCUAAAGAGAAAGUUCAAUUACGAAAGCCGCGAAACCAUCAGGAAUCGGUUGACAAGCGUGUUUUCGUCACGUGGUAUCAACCAAUCGUGCAUCAACGUAAAAUAACAAGUCUCGACAACAUGAAUCACAUGAAACAUGUCAAAUUUUAAGUCAGUUUACUUUAAUCGAAAUGAUUUUUUACAAGUUGUUGAAACAUUUUUUUGUGAUUGAAGCAUAUAAUGGAAGAAAUAUUAGGAACAAGUAUGAAUACAGAGAAAUAAAUGAUUAGAAAUAAAAAUUAAAUGCA